AUGCCCCGCGCGCCCGACCACCGCCACGCCCGCACCUGGCGCAUGCACACAGCUCCAUAUGGCUCCAAGAUGGCUGACACAGCGUCCGGGGGCUCCGGCACGAGGGGCAGCAAGCAGGCUGGCACUCCAGCUGACAAUUACCAGCUGGCGCGGCGCCGCACGCUGCAGGUGGUGGUGAGCUCGCUGCUGACCGAGGCCGGCUUCGAGAGCGCCGAGAAGGCGGCGGUGGAGACGCUCACCGAGAUGAUCCAGAGCUAUAUUUCAGAAAUUGGGAGGAGUGCCAAAUCCUACUGCGAGCACACAGCCAGGACCCAGCCCACGCUCUCAGACAUCGUGGUGACCCUCGUGGAGAUGGGUUUCAACGUGGAAACCCUUCCUGCCUACGCCAAGCGCUCCCAGAGGAUGGUGAUCACUGCCCCUCCAGUGACAAACCAGCCUGUGACCCCCAAAGCCCUGACAGCUGGGCAGAACAAACCUCACCCACCCCACAUUCCUGGCCAUUUCCCAGAGUUCCCAGAUCCUCACACCUACAUCAAGACACCAACGUACCGCGAGCCCGUGUCCGAUUACCAGGUGCUGCGGGAGAAGGCGGCGUCGCAGCGCAGGGACGUGGAGAGGGCCCUCACCCGCUUCAUGGCCAAGACUGGCGAGACCCAGAGCCUCUUCAAGGACGAUGUCAGCACCUUCCCACUGAUUGCUGCCAGGCCUUUCACUGUGCCCUACCUGACAGCUCUGCUGCCCUCUGAGCUGGAGAUGCAGCAGAUGGAGGAGACGGAUUCCUCGGAGCAGGACGAGCAGACGGACACCGAGAACCUCCCGCUGCACAUGAGCACGGAUGAUGCAGGACCCGAGAAGGAGAACACCUCAGUGCUGCAGCAGAGCAGCUCCCUGGCAGGCAGCAGGAACGGGGAGGAGAACGUCAUCGACAACCCCUACCUGAGGCCCGUCAAGAAACCCAAAAUCCGCAGGAAGAAGUGAGGGGGAGGGAGGGGGGGAAAUUCCCAAAAUUCCCCUGGGAACCUCACCCAGGGCUCAGGAGAGGCAGCCCAGCUGAGGAGGGGUCUCUGAGCCUGGUGAGCCCCACGCCCACCCUGCAGCGCUCCAGGAGAACACCUGGGAAUUGUCUGGGGGGCUUUGGCUUCCGCUCUGGGGGGGAUUGAAUUUCUGAGGAGCUGAGAGAGCCAGGGCUUGGAGGGGCUGGGCUUGGAGAACCCAGGGGUUGGAUUUAGAGAACCCAGGGGUUGGAUUUGGAUUUGGAGAACCCAGAGGUUGGAUUUGGAUUUGGAGAACCCAGGGGGUGGAUUUGGAUUUGGAGAACCCAGGGGUUGGAUUUGGAUUUGGAGAACCCAGGGGGUGGAUUUGGAUUUGGAGAACCCAGGGGUUGGAUUUGGAUUUGGAGAACCCAGGGGUUGGAUUUAGAGAACCCAGGGGUUGGAUUUGGAUUUGGAGAAUCCAGAGGUUGGAUUUGGAUUUGGAUUUGAAGGACACAGGGGUUGGAUUUGGAGGACCCAGGUGUUGGAUGUGGGGACCCAAGGACUGGAUUUGGAGGAACAAGGGAUUGGAUUUGGAGGGACACGGGUUGGAUUUGGAUUUGGAGGGACACAGGGGUUGGAUUUGGAUUUAGAGGACACAGGGGUUGGAUUUGGAGCACCCAAGGGUUGGAUUUGGAGGGACACAGGGGUUGGGGUUGGAUUUCGAGGAUGCGGGGUUGGAUUUGGAGGGACACAGGAGCUGGAGCUGAGGGAUCCAGGGGUUGGAUUUGGAUUUGGAGGAACAAGGGAUUGGAUUUGGAGGGACACAGGGGCUGGAUUUGGAUUUAGAGGACACAGAGAUUGGGUUUGGAGAACCCAAGGGUUGGAUUUGGAGGACACAGGAGCUGGAUUUGGAGAAACCAGGGGUUGGAUUUGAACUUGGAUUUGGAGGACACAGGGGUUGGGGUUGGAUUUGGAGGACAUAGGGUUGGGUUUGGAGGGACCCAGGGUUGGAUUUGGAUUUGGAUUUGAAGGACCAAGGGGUUGGAUUUGGAUUUAGAGGACACAGAGGUUGGAUUUGGAGGACCCAAGGGUUGGAUUUGGAGGACACAAAGUCUGGAGCUGUGGGACCCAGGGAUUGAGAUUGGGUUUGGAGGACCCAGCCUUUAUUCCCUUUAUUUCCUCCUUUAUUCCCUUUAUUUCCUCCUUUAUUCCCUUUAUUUCCUCCUUUAUUCCCUUUAUUUCCUCCUUCAUUCCCUUUAUUUCCAUGUCACUGUUGUCAUUAUUGGCUCUGCUUCUGGAGGGCUUUGCUUUCAUUUUCCUUCAGCAUUUUCUUGGGUAAAAUAAAGAAGGAAAAUCUUCUCUUUUUUUUUGGGUUAAAGAAAACCAAAAUAAGGUUUUCUUUGAUUUCUUUGGAAAACCCAUUUGGGUUUUCUUUGACCCAAAAUCUGGGUUCAGUUUCCAUCAGAAAAAGCUCCUGAGGUUUGGUCCAAAAUCUUCCAAAAAAUUCCAGCUUCACCUCCAUGAAGUUAAAAGGAUCCCCCCUCUUUCCCCAGGACAAAAAUUUAAAAAAAAAGGGUUUUUUUCAAUUAUUUCCUGCCAAAAAAAAAUCUGAAAUUAAAUCUCAAAGCCCUCACCCUGUGUGUUCCACUGUCCCUUCUGCUGGUGCCUUGCUUGUACAGAAUGAAAAAUGUACAGAACACCUGUAAAUGUUUGUAUAUAUCCAAAAAUUUUAUCUCUUUUUAACUUUGCUUUUUUUGUUUUCUGCAAGGAGAAAAAUCCCUUGCUGGGUAGGGGAAAAAGAAAAAAAGGUGGAAUGAAAAUUGUAGUUUUUAUGUUCAUAAUAAAAGAAAUUUUAUGUCCUUA